AAAAAACACGACGUACCUGUGCACAAGGCCCGCCAGCUGGUCCGAGACGCGGCUCGAGAGGCUCGUCGGGAAGCCCUCGCCGACAUGAGGAGGCUCUUGAACUCCCAGAAGACCGUCCUUGUGGGGGGGGUUAACGGCUUGCAGUCGUACCGGGCGCGGGCGAUUCAGGCCUGCCUCUACUUGAUGGACCGAGAAGGGCAGGGGAUGAUGGCGGCGUCCGAGGUGGCAGCACGAGCCAACCUCUUCUCCGGGAAGUGGGGGGCGCGACUUGUCCGCAGGUGGACCCAGGCGUGGGUGAAGACGAGGACGCUGCCAGAGUCCCAGCGUGGGCGGCAUGCGAAGGUUUUGUCGGUUCUCGGCCAUCCCACGGUGCGCGCUGCAGUGCGCGCUUACCUUCGCUCUGAGAAAUGGAGUCAGGACCCCGUAAGGCUCAAAAAAUUAUUCAAUAACGAGCUCAAUGCAGCGGAAGCCCUCGAGUAUCGUCGCGUUCUCGAAUCAGAAGAAAUGCCCAAUGGGCUCAAGGAUUUUGUUACGACCGUAAUUCUCCCCCAGUACCAUCUCAAACCUGGUCGCCUCGGACUGUCCCGCUCAACAAUGCGCCGCCUGCUUAUCAGUGAGGGCUUCACCUGCUGGCUGCUCAACGGAGAGUCUCCGCUCAAGAAGAAGGGUCCUGGGCGGGGGUUGCACCAAAGUGAUUUCAUUUGCUCAACUGUCGGGUGGUUGCUCGAAGCCAGUGUUACCCUGGAAUACGGCAAGAAUCACGAAGGAUUCUGGAACGGUGAGCUUUUCUGCAAGCAGUUGACAGAGAAGUUCUUCCCCGCAUUUAAGAAGGCACACGGAGAUGGGUACAUUGCAUGCAUACUUGUCGACAACUCACAGGGCCACUCAGUAUAUGCACCCGAUGCUUUGCGAGCCUCCAAGAUGAACCUUAACCCGGGAGGAGCGCAGCCUCACAUGCGUGACGGAUGGUACUUACGGGACGGUGAGAAAGUGACACAGCCGAUGAAUUUCCCCUCCGAUCAUCCAUCGCACCCCAACCAGCCCAAGGGGAUGAAGGCUAACUGGCUUCGAGAGCACUGCGAUUAUACUUUCGAGACUCUCCGGGAGAACAUGCCGAAGGCACUUCGGUCAGUGUCAGUUGAGCUGAUCCGAAAAUGGGAGCAUCGGGCUUGGAGGUUUGUUGACGCAUAUGCUGAGGGCCUCGGAGCGCGGGAGGCACAGCAGAAAGUGAAGGAAUUCAGUUCGCGCAGGUAUAAGUCCCACCGCCGUAUCCCGGAGCAGCUGGCACAGGCGAUGGACGCCACGUAG